AUGGCCACCAAGGUGCCGAUCUACCUGAAGAGGGGCAGCCGGAAGGGCAAGAAGGAGAAGCUGCGGGACAUCCUCUCCUCGGACAUGAUCAGCCCCCCCCUCGGCGACUUCCGCCACACCAUCCACGUGGGCAGCGGCGGCGAGAGCGACAUGUUCGGGGACACCUCCUUCCUGCAGGGCAAGUUCCACCUCCUGCCGCGCCACGAGGGCGGCGGCGCCGGCGGUGCCGAGGCGGCGCCGGCGCCGUUCUCCUUCUCGCGCACGGCCACCAUGAGCGCGGGCGAGGCGGCGGCGCCGUCGCCGCUGCUCAAAAACGCCAUCUCGCUGCCGGCGCUGGGGGGGCCGCAGGCGCUCACCCUGCCCCCGGCACAGGCCCCCCCGAAGCCCCCGCGCCUGCACCUCGACGAGGCCCCGGCGGCGGAGCCGGUGCCGGGCGGUGCCGCCCCGGCAGAGGAGCCCCCCCGGCUCGCCGCGCCCGCCAACGGCUUCGCCGGCGCCGACGGGGAGGAGGAGCCGCCCUUCCUGUCCCACGCCGGGUCCCUCCUGUCCCUGCACGUGGACCUGGGGCCCUCCAUCCUGGAGGACGUGCUGCAGGUCAUGGACAAGCACCAGGCGGAGAGAGGGGGCGGCGGCGCCGUGACCGAGAUCCCGACGUGAGGGCGG